UUUUAAUUAAUGGCUGAUGCAAUAUUAUUUGAAAACAACAUGAAAAAAUAGAAAUCACUUUUUCUUAAAAUAGGACUACACGUAACUGUCCUAAAAAAUAGACAUACAAAGCCAGCUGACUAAUUCCAAUUAGUUUCUAGCUUGUCUAAUAAGUAAGAAGUUGGAAAUUGAAAACAAAAAAAUGUUAAAGGUCACUAAAAAGCCUCGCCUUAAGUGUCCAAUAUGUAGAAAAAUGUUUUCAACUCUAUCAAAUAUGAAGUCUCAUAUAUACUUACACACCGGCGAGCGUCCCUUUAGAUGUUUAACUUGUGAGAAAAUAUUUAUUCAUCUACAUCAUGUUAAGACUCAUUUGUUAAUUCAUUCUGAUAAGCGUCCUUAUAAGUGCACUGCAUGUGGAAAAUCCUUCUCAAGCAGUAGUAAUAUGAAGAUACAUACAUUAGUACACAACAGAGAGAGACCUCAUAAGUGCACUAUAUGUGGAAAAUCCUUCCAAACCAGUUACAAGUUGAAGACACAUACAUUAGUGCACACCGGAGAGAGACCUCACAAGUGCAACAUAUGUGGAAAAUCCUUCCAAACUAGUGGCCAUAUGAAGAAACAUACAUUAGUGCACACCGGAGAGAGACCUCACAAGUGCAACAUAUGUGGAAAAUCCUUCCAAACUAGUGGCAGUAUGAAGAAACAUACAUUAAUUCACAUAGGAGAGCGACCUCAUAAGUGCAGUACAUGUGGAAAAUCCUUCGCAACCAGUGGCCGUAUGAAGCAACAUACAUUAGUACACACUGGAGAGCGACCUCAUAAGUGCACUUUAUGUGGAAAAUUCUUCUCAAGCAAUGGCAAUAUGAAGAAACAUACAUUAGUACACACCGGAGAGACACCUCAUAAGUGUACUAUAUGUGGAAAAUCCUUCUCAGCCAGUUACUAUAUGAAGAAACAUACAUUAGUACACACCGGAGAGAGGCCUCAUAAGUGUACUAUAUGUGGAAAAUCCUUCCAAACCAGUAGCGAUAUGAAGAGACAUACAUUAGUACACACCGGAGAGAGACCUCAUAAGUGCACUAUAUGUGGAAAAUCCUUCCAAACCAGUGGCAGUAUGAAGAGACAUACAUUAGUACACACCGUAGUGAGAUCUCAUAAGUGCACUAUAUGUGGAAAAUCCUUCCAAACCAGUGGCAGUAUGAAGAGACAUACAUUAGAACACACCGUAGUGAGACCUCAUAAGUGCACUAUAUGUGAAAAAUCAUUCAAAACCAGUGGCAGGUUGAUGAAACAUACAUCAAUUCACACCCAAGAAUUUAAGCACAGGGAGUUUCGAUGAUGAAAAACAUUUAAAAAAACGCACAGUAAAGCAUAUAUGUCAUCUACAGAGCUGAAAAUUAUGUCAUGUUGUUCAUAAAUUAUGGCUGUAAGUGCCUGAGGAGCCUCGUUGCGGCUUACAAGCGAUCUACAUAAUAUGCGUACGCAUAAACCGUCCUUUCUUAAAAUACAACCUUUGUAAUAGGCUACCAUGUCAGAUAUUCUUUGUUUAAUUUUAGAAAAAAUAUCAGGCAAGUCCACUUUGAUUCACGUAGGUUUGAAUUAUUUUCUUUAAUUCUUCCAUUACACGUCCCAAUAUGUCACGGCCACCAAACAAUAUUUUUCUGCCACUUUCAGGUUAAUGGCAUCCUUUAAGAUCCAUCAGAGUUUGGGCAUAGAUUAAACAUACUCCCUUAGUAGAUUCUCCGCCGGAUUGGGCUCGGUAUGUUCGAGCUGCUUGUACGGCGAAGUUGCUGGCCCACGUAGUUCCGUACAGUCACUGGUCAGGCUAGGAGCGCUAGAGGUCUCGCCGUACAACCACACACACAAACACACUCUUACCGCGUUAUAGCUGUCACACGCACGCCCCGCGCGCCAGCGUGCUCGUUGGCGCCAGCACACACCCUGGCACACACAUAUAUAAAAAUAUGCAGAGCCCUCCCACCACCUAUGAACACCAGCCGCUACCGCAUCUAUCACUGGAUUACUCUCGCUACAAACCAACACAUUUACUCUGCUUUUUGACACUUCUCACUGAUAUGGUUGUCACUGAUAUUGCACUCCGGACAUGUUGGAGCAAUGGUUGUUACCUUAACCUGAAGAGGAUAUGGAAUGGAAGACUUUGUGACCUUGAAGCAACAUACAUUGGUUCAUACAGAAGAGCGACCCCAUAAGUGCACUUCAUGUGGAAGCAGGAUGGGGCUCCUCCUUAUUGGCUCUCGCUCUGCAAUGCCCAUGUUUUUAAAUGACAAACUUCCUGAUGGUUGGAUUGGCCGCUGGUAACGUUGGUAAACAACCUGUUCUACUGUUGUCACUGUAAUGUGAAUACUUUCUCACAAAUUGAAGAGGUUUGAGCUAAUAGCAGGAUGUAUGCCCUGUGAUUCACAUAGCCCCAGAGAAAGAAAUUGCGAAAAAAUCUGGCAAACAGGUUGACCAUUCAUGUAUCGUCAGUUGAAUGAAGUAUUUUAAAACCCAAUAAAUACUUUUUGGACACCCAGACCAUACCUAUUUAGAUAAAAGUUAUAUUAUCUGCAAUUACAUUUAUUAUUUUAAUUUUGCAUUAUAAUUAUGCUAUGGAUUUACUAUAAAUUGUUGAUUUCAAAUUAUUGUUUAGAUUAAAUGAAAAAACAAUCUAUCUAAAUUAAUGAUUACAACAAAAAUAUUUAUAUUUAAUCAAA